GCGCCCGCCCAAUGGGCGCGGCCACCGCUCCCCUCCCCCUGGUCGUGCUCCCGGCAGCCCCCGCGCGGCCCGGCCGGUCCGUGUCGGUAAGAUGGCGACCGUGAGUCUGAGGCUCGGAGAUCUGGUGUGGGGGAAGCUCGGCCGUUACCCUCCAUGGCCAGGGAAGAUUGUUAACCCACCUAAAGAUCUGAAGAAACCUCGAGGAAAAAAGUGCUUCUUCGUGAAGUUUUUUGGAACAGAAGAUCAUGCUUGGAUCAAAGUGGAGCAGCUGAAGCCUUAUCACCCUCACAAAGAGGAAAUGAUAAAGAUUAACAAGGGUAAGCGCUUCCAGCAAGCUGUGGAUGCUGUAGAGGAGUUUCUUAGAAAAACCAAAGGCAAGGACCAGGCGUCUUCCCAUAACUCCACUGAAGAGAAGAAUCGGCGUAAUUCCAGUGAAGAAAGAGGCAAGCAAUCUGCUGGUGAAGAGAAACGCAAAGCCAGUUUGUCUGAAGGAAAGGUGAAGAAGGGCACAGGGGAAGGAAAAAAGAGGGUUUCUUCUGUCUCGUCAGAGAGAGGAUCAAAAUCACCCUUGAAAAGAGCCCAGGAUCAGAGCCCCCGAAAGCGGGGGCGUCCACCCAAGGAUGAGAAGGACCUCACAAUUCCAGAGUCAAGUACAGUGAAGAGAGUGAUGACUGGAACAGUGGCUGGAUUUAAAUGGCCGCCGAGUGUGAGCGAGCCUGUGAAGGACAGUGAUCCACACUUUCAUCACUUCCUGCUGAGCCAGACAGAGAAGCCAGCUGUCUGCUAUCAAGCCAUCACAAAAAAGCUGAAGGUUUGUGAAGAGGAGACAGGAUCCACCUCCAUCCAGGCAGCAGACAGCACAGCAGUCAAUGGCAGCAUCACACCUACAGACAAAAAGAUAGGAUUUCUGGGCCUUGGUCUGAUGGGAAGUGGCAUUGUCUCCAACUUGCUAAAGAUGGGUCACACUGUCACUGUCUGGAACCGGACUGCUGAGAAGUGUGAUUUGUUCAUCCAGGAGGGUGCACGGCUGGGAAGAACGCCUGCUGAAGUAGUCUCCACCUGUGACAUCACGUUUGCCUGUGUAUCAGAUCCAAAAGCAGCAAAGGAUCUGGUGCUUGGUCCGAGUGGAGUGUUGCAGGGGAUUCGCCCAGGGAAGUGUUAUGUGGAUAUGUCCACAGUGGAUGCAGAUACAGUCACAGAGCUGGCCCAGGUGAUAGUGUCCCGAGGUGGUCGCUUUCUGGAAGCACCAGUCUCAGGAAACCAGCAGCUCUCUAAUGAUGGAAUGCUUGUGAUCCUGGCAGCUGGUGACAGGGGUUUAUAUGAGGACUGCAGCAGCUGUUUCCAAGCCAUGGGGAAGACCUCUUUUUUCUUAGGUGAAGUAGGCAAUGCCGCCAAGAUGAUGCUGAUUGUGAACAUGGUCCAAGGCAGCUUCAUGGCAACAAUAGCAGAAGGACUGACUUUGGCUCAAGUGACUGGCCAGUCCCAGCAGACCCUUCUGGAUAUCCUCAAUCAGGGACAACUUGCCAGCAUCUUCCUGGACCAGAAGUGCCAAAAUAUCUUGCAAGGAAACUUCAAACCUGAUUUCUACCUGAAGUACAUCCAGAAGGAUCUUAGAUUAGCUAUUGCACUGGGCGAUUCUGUCAACCACCCAACUCCCAUGGCAGCUGCUGCCAACGAGGUCUAUAAACGAGCAAAAGCCUUGGACCAAUCUGACAACGACAUGUCCGCAGUGUACAGGGCCUACAUCCAUUAGGCUGCACCCUUCUUACUGUUCAUACGAUGAUGAUUGAUUAAUAUUAUUAUGAUACUGGGUUUUAACUCUGGACCAGUCCAUCUCUGUCUUUCCAUUUCCUUUUAUACACAAACUUUGAGACCUGCUGUGGUGAGCCUUCCACUGUGGCAGGAGGGGGGAGGAGGGGGCUCGGAUUGUUGCAGUCUAAUUAGAAAAAUCCAUGCCAUGCACUGACAGUCGUGAGAUGAAACAGCGGCAAUUGUUCAGAAGCUCUGAGGCAACUCUGCCAGAAAUCUGCUGCUUGGCUGCUUUUAUUUUCCUCUGUUUGCUAGUCCAAGAUGCUGUUUCUAACAAUCCCUUUUCUUCUUUGCUGUGAAAUAAUGCAAGUGCUGGACUCUCUGCAUCAAGGGGACAGGGUCCUUGGUCCCAAGUAAGGUGAGGAGCAUGCCUGCUAAUUAGCCACUGUUAGAGAACAAGGCACCUCCCAUGGAGGAGAAGGGCAGUUCCAGAGGGUAAGGGGAGUUGAGUGUAACACUGUCUUGAUUCAGUUUCUUUUUAGACUUCCACUUCCCCACCUUGAUGGAGGAAUUCCUGUACUGUUAAAGAUAACACAUUGCAUCCAUGUCUUCCCCUGUACAGACAACUACAGCUUAGGGAAUACAAACUGUACUGAAAAUAGGAGAAUACGUAUGUCAAUGAGACUCCUGAAAGGUUCAUCAUAGCCCAUCCAAAACAUCAUUGGAAAGUAACACCUUUGCAUAGAACACUGCAAGACAAACAUAGUGCCUAUAAAACUGGGCUAGAGAUUUUACUUGUUCCUGGCCUUAGCUUAUGUUAUGUUACUACUUGUUUGGUUUUUUUUAACCCUUGUAGUCAAUAAUUACAAAGGUGUCUUGGAUUGCAGCAGUGUCACAAGCAGAGUGGUGAGUCUGAAAAGGGAGAGAAGAAUGAUCCAAGAGAUUGAGAUUCCUGAGCUCCUUUCCACGCUCUCUGGCCUUUGCAUGGUUGUCACAUCUCUCAGCCUGUUUGCCCAUCUAUAAAGGUGGGUGAUGGUUACCUACCUCACAGGGAUACUUCUGUGUACUGCCUAGUGAUCUUUAUACAUGUCAGGUUUUCCAUACAUGUUCUUAGUGUUACUACUUUGGGUACAAGAUGGCACAGCACGAGCCUUCUCCCUGUAUCUGUGAACUCUGCUUAUGGCCAGAUACCAACUUCUAGAAAGACCAAUAACUGAGAUUGGGGAGGCUAAGACCACUGCUGAGCUUUAGUCUAGAGAUGGGUGACAUGAACUGCAGAUGCCAAGGCUAGAGAACAGAGAUUGUCUCAGUGUAGAUAGCAGAGCAACCCAGAGUCCAAAGGAUGCCUGUCACAAAAAAUGCACGGGGUGUGACUUGGUUUUUGGUUUGUUUGGGUUUUUGUUUUUUUUUUUUUUUUUCCAAUUCUCAGUAUUAGCCUUUUGGUAGUGUUCUUGCAUUUUAAAUUUGAGUGUUAGAAAAAUGCCAGUGAGAAACUUUGGCCAAAAUCACUUCUCAAGUGGUACAAUCUCCUUCCUCCCUUGAGCUGGGAUUCUGAAAGGAAAGAAGACAAAUACAAUUUAGGUUGUGUUCCUGACAUCUGCCCCUGCCACCUUAUUUUUUUUCCUAGGAACGUAACGGCUGUGUAAGGAAAUUUUCCCUGGGUUAGGAUUUCUUACCAGUCCUGCUUUGUGCAGCAUGUGUGUAUGGUUCAGGGACACCUUGUUAAGAAAGAAAGAAGGAAAGUGUCACAUACUCAUUUUGUCACAUACUCAUUGAAUCACAACAUCUAAUGCCUUAUGCUGUAAAUGUUACUUUGAGUAUUUCACCUCCUGUGAUGACUGUUCCUUGUGGGCUAAUGCUGUAUUCUGCAUUACUUAUAUCCUAUAGUGAACACCUGGCAACAGGGCUGUCAGACCUCACUGCCUCUUGGCCACUGUGUGUGGGCGAUGGUAGUUCUACACCUGUGUUCCUUUGCAAUGCCACUGCCAUUCUGUAUGUAGGUAUUCACGUUAAAGGCAUGUAAAAUUGCCAGCAUAGCUAACCAUUGACCUGCUUUGGCACACUGUUCUUCUCCACUCAGAACUCCAUGGUUAGCACCUGAAGUCCUUUGUUAAACAUACUAUAGUAAAAAAAAAAUCUCUCAUAUGAAUUGUGCAUUGUGGGCAUCUGAGGGAAGUUGUGGGUUUGGAGGCAGGAAAUGAGACUGAUGGAAAAAAUCUUUUGGGAGGAAGAAGGCGGUACUGUCCCGUGUGCAGAGCCAGUUCAGUGGCGUCCCCCCCUGUCCCUGGUGUCUUGCACCAGAGUGACCGUGGAUGGUGUGAGCAAUGGUAAUGGAGUAUCUUAGUUUGUGGUGCCUCUGGAUACAGAGAGAAUGCCAAAGGAGCUCUCAAGUCCUGUGACAGGUGUUUCAUAAUGAAUUCAAAGGACCAGUCCUAAGGCAGCUCACUGCUGCAGGGUUUGUUUCUAGAAAUACUGUAGUUCCCAAGAAUGGAGAUGGUUAUUUCUGCGGGAGUGGCAGAUGUGGACUAGUUAACACUGUAAUUUAUCCUGGAAGGGUCUGACUGCAGCUUUCAGCCAUUGUGGGUAGCUGUAGAGUGGCUGCAGUGCUGCCUGGACAGCUGUACAGUCACAGGUGUGCCCAGGAGAAGCAGGAGGAGACCAAAGAGCUCUGAUGUAGCUCUGAAGAGGAGGGAUGGAAAUGGGGGAAUCCAGACCGUUCCAGAUGCCAGUUGAAAUUGCUGUCAGUCUCACUCAGAUUCUUGUAUUUAUGUCUGUAGCCUCUGAAUGUGGAUUUGAGUCUGUUCCUAGGCCUGGGAUUUGAGGGAGGGAAGUGGGGGAAGCAAUGGAUUGAGAGAUGCUCUAAUAAAACUGGCUAGUUAAAUGUUGUCCUAAUAUUGUUGACAAUUCUGUAAAGUUUCUUUUCAUGAAGAUUUUAGAAGUUUGCUUUUUUUAACUCCCUCCUUUUUAAAGAGAAAAUGUGACACUUGUGAAAGCUUGUAAGAAAAGCAGUUUCCUUUUUCCUCAAUGAUAGAUCACAUAGUUCAUUAAGGUUGUGAAUUUUUAUUUUCCUGCCUUGUUUUUAAUUAACAUUUGUCAUUCAGAAUAGGAUGUGUGAAAAUGUUUAAAUGGCAAAGAUUUUUUUUUUGUGCAAUUAACAAAGCUACUGGCAAAAAGAAUAAAACUUUUCUUGGUAACUGAA